AGUCCUAUUGUCUUGGGCUGAGUUUCUCCCAUGGCUCUUGAAAACUUUUCAGCCUCUCUUCCUCUCUAUGUGUCCCUGCUGCUGGCCUCUGGCUUGGUCCAGGCAGGCAGGCUGCUGGUGGUGCCCAUGGAUGGGAGCCACUGGCUCACCAUGCAGAUGGUUGUGGAGAAACUCAUUCACAAAGGCCAUGAUGUGGUGGUAGUCAUCCCAGACGUGAGUUGGCAGCUUGGGAAAUCACUCAAUUGUACGGUGAAGACGUACUCGAGUUCCCACACUCUGGAGGAUCUGGACCGUGAGUUCAAGUAUUUUUCUCACACUCAAUGGAAAACUCCUGAACACAGUACACGUUCUUUCCUGACAGGCUCAGGCAAAGGUUUCUUUGAACUAAUAUUUUCACACUGUAGGAGUUUGUUUAAUGACAAGAAGUUAGUGGAGUAUUUGAAGCAGACUUCAUUUGAUGCUGUGUUUCUGGAUCCUUUUCAUGUAUGUGGAUUAACUGUUGCCAAAUAUUUGUCACUCCCAUCAGUGAUCUUUGCAAGAGGUAUAUUUUGCCACUAUCUUGAAGAGGGUACCCAGUGCCCAAGUCUUCCUUCUUAUGUUCCUAGAAUUUUCUCAAAAUUGACAGACACCAUGACUUUCAAGGAGAGAGUGUGGAACCAUCUUCUCUACAUUGAAGAACAUUCAUUUUGCCACUAUUUUUUAAAAACCGCUGUAGAAAUUGCCUCUGAGGUUCUGCAGACCCCGGUGACUAUGACAGACCUCUACAGCCCAGUGUCCAUUUGGUUGUUACGCACUGACUUUGUGCUGGAAUUCCCCAGACCUGUGAUGCCCAAUGUUGUCUUUGUUGGUGGGAUCAACUGCCUCCAGCAGAAGCCACUUUCCAAGGUAUGUUAUCUAUUCUUUAGACAUGAAGAGAGCUCUACAUUUGAAAAAUGUAAAAAGAAGUUCUUUACUGAGCUGUGA